GUCCGGAUGGCUUGAAAGUGCUAAAAACCCCGGGCGUUUUUUGUUCCCCCUGCGACUUCGCUGCCCGCUGUCUCAUCCAGCCGCCUGCCUCCCUCCUUCGCCAGCUUUGCACAUUUAUGGUUGGCCAGUCGGCUCCCGCCUGCCAUUGCCGCCUGGACUACAAAACGUCCGCACCGGUAGAGACGCUUUGCGGCGAGCUCGUUUCAACCUGCCGCUGCAUGGCAUCCAAGAUCUGCACUUGGAAGGAAGCCACCGCAAGCGGAGGAGACGCAAGCCGCGCUCUGCCUCUGUCGCAAAAAGCUUCACCAGGUCCACUUGUGGGUUGAGACCGCUGCCGCACCCCAGUAUUGGGUUCUUGUUCCGCCCACACAUCUCGCGCCUGGAGUCGGUUGGCGUCAUCUGUCUCACGCUCCAUCCCUCACGGACCGCCGACAUGUCGCGAUACUCAUCGGACCGCCAAUCCCUCUCGGGUGCCAACGAGAGGACCUCGUCCGGGCGCUCGCGUGAGGAUUACUCUGAUCGUGGAAACCACGACCGCCGAGACUCGAGCUCUCGCGGCACCUACCGCCGAAAUGAAUACACAGAGAACCGCGACCAUGGCUUCCGCGAUCGUCCCCGCCGAGAAUAUAGUCGCGACGAUCACGACCAUGGCUCCCCCGAUGCCCCCCGCCCCGCCCCUCCGACCGGCCCCAAGAGGUCAGCACCCUCUACACGCCCUGCGCCGGCUCAGGUGUCAAGCAACGGAGCAACUUCCAUCUCCAACCCUUUGGGAGGCAAGCAAGACCGCAGCUCACCGUCAGAACAACUGGUCCAGCUCGUCUGCGACUGGAGCGCAUCCGUGUCCAAACAAGCGGCAGCACAGCUUCGAAAAGACGAGCAGAACAAGUUCUAUGAGCAGAGGGAGGAGUCCUACCAGAGACUCAAGAGAUUACAACGGAACGACUAUCCCUCCAUCAGUCAACAGCACGAGCAAUUCCGGGACCGAGCUAAAGUCGACCUCGACACAGCCACGAAGGAUUACGAGUCACACAAGAACAAGACACUCGAGCUCGCCGAUAAGUUUGCAAUGGUCAUACACACAGCUCUUCCGGAGACCAUGGCUGUCCAACGAUCAGGUUCCCUUUCCGAAGUGGAUCGAAACACUGUCGAGAAGAAUAUUAUGGAUGCUUUUCACAGUAAAUGGAACAAUUGUCAACAAAAACUCGAUAAUAACAUUAAAAAGCUUGGAGACAACAGCUACGGCCUCGAGGUUAUGAAGAGGGAGCAUGAGGCCAUGAAGAGGGAGCUUGAGAUCGUGAAGAGGGAGAAAACCUCCCAAAAGGAGGAGCUUGAGGUCGUGAAGAGGGAGCAAAUCUCCCAAAAGGAGGAGCUUGAGGUCGUGAAGAAAGAGCAAACCUCUCAAAAGGAGGAACUCGCGGCCCUCAAAUCGGCAUGGGACAAGGAGAGAGAAGAGCUCAGGAGAGAGAGACACGAGCUCUGGUCGGCCUGGGCGAAAGAGAGAUCAGAACUCACGUCGGCCUCGGCGAAAGAGAGAUCAGAACUCACGGCAGUGUGGGAGGAAGAGAGAUCGAAGCUCACGUCGGCCCUCGAAGGAGAGGCGAAUGGGCUCCAGAGCCUGAAAAGCGACCUGGAUAAGCUGAGAGAUCGAGCCACGCAGCUUGAGUGCGCGACCCGGGUGCUCGACAACGACGUCUUCGACAGGUGGUGGGAUUUCGUCGAUAACCAGCUACCCAUUAUCACCAAAGACAUGGAAGAAAUCAAGGCCAUGCCGCGGCCGGCUGCAGACACCGCCGGGGGUGCGACCCACGUGUGCGACGGCGCCAAGGCAGCCGAAAAACUUCAGGCCGAGUUCAGUAGGCUUCAAGCACAAGUCACAUCGCUCUCAAGACAGGGUUCGGCGGCAGACAUCCAGGCAAAGAUAACGCCCCAUUUGGACGCGAUCAUCGGCAGUUUCGGACAACUAAUUGACGGUGUGAAGAACCGGCUCGCGUUCUUGGAGAACGCAUCACGGGGCCAAUUCAAGGACGAGUUCAAACAGCUCGCCGAGGAGCUUAUGCAGAAACACACGAGCCUGAGGUCGGAAGUUCAACAAAAGUUCGACCAAUUGGAUCUAAUCAUCACCCAGCUCGAUUCUCAAUACCAAAACAUCACCACCAAGCAGAUGGCCGACAGAAUCGCACAGUACUAUCACAGCACGCAACCCCUGACCGAACAAAUAUACACGGACAUCCGGCAGGUUGCGAAGCGACAAGAUCGGAUGGAGGAGCAUAUCAAGAGCAUUUCCGAGGAGCCCAGGCACAAGCGCCCAAGGAUGACGCCGAACGCGGGGAUGCAGCCUAUGCCGAAUGGCUAUGGCAGUUGAACUACACCAACAUUGCUCUUCGAUCGUGGUCUUCUUCUCCAUCUAUAGAGGUCGCUAGCUCCCUAGCCGGUAACGCAGGAUUUAGGGAGCUGAGCCAGGCACCUGUAUUUAUGUAUUCUCUAUUAUGAACGGGCUUGGGGAUACUUACAAAUGGAUGACGACCAACACAAUGCCGAGAACGGUGUGCACUUUAAGGAACGGCAAAGGGGCGUCUCUGGGCAAGGAAGCGUUGGGGGCUUUGCGGCUGUCUUUUAUUCUUAUAUUUUGGUUUAGCUUUGAUCUUCGGCUAGCGGAAACUCUACGACUACGAUACUAGCUGCAAUGGGCAGGUUGGACUUUACAUUUCACGGCAGGUGGCAAGUGCCGAGUUGCCUCUAUUGGUCGGGUACGGUUGGUUCUUGUGAAAAACAACGAGAGGCAGGGACACAUCACUCAGAAAGACAGGAAGUUUAGAUGUAACUUGUGUACAUUGGUAAUGCUACAUGUGGAAAACAUCCGGCCUCUCGCCCGUUGUCGCAGCUGGUCCCACGAGUUCUUGGUGCAUUUUCUUCCUCUGUGGCG